UUGCUUUGGAAUCAUCGGAGUUGCGUCUUUUUCUUUUCUUCUGCAUAUAUUCAUCAGUUUCUCUCAUUUUUACUUCUUAUUAAAUUAAAAUAGAAUUAUUAGAGAAUUUGAAUAAAAAAUGGCGACUGCGAUUCGAUCCUUCCAGCUGAACACUGGUGCCAAGUUACCUGCGGUAGGUCUCGGAACCUACGCCUUGGUCCCCUCAACCAUCGAACAAGCGAUCAAGGUUGGUUACAGGCACAUAGAUUGUGCUUCGAUAUACGGUAACGAGAAAGAGAUUGGUAGCGUGUUGAAGAAGUUAAUAGAUGACGGUUCCGUGAAGCGUGAUGAGUUAUUCAUCACUUCCAAACUCUGGUGUAAUGAUCAGUUGCCUGAAGAUGUACCUAAGGCACUAGACAAAACGUUACAGGAUUUACAGAUUGACUAUGUUGAUUUAUAUCUGGUACAUUGGCCAGUGAGCUUGAAGAAGGAAUCACCUAUGCCAAAACCUGAAACACUCACAAAGCCUGACUUACCAAGUACAUGGAAAGCAAUGGAAGCUCUUUAUCACUCAGGAAAAGCUAGGGCAAUCGGUGUUAGCAAUUUCUCGUCAAAGAAGCUUCAAGAUCUUCUUAACGUGGCCCAAGUAGUCCCGGCUGUUAACCAAGUGGAGUGCCAUCCUGUGUGGCAGCAACAAAGUCUACAUGAACUAUGCAAAUCCAAAGGAGUUCACUUAUCUGGUUACUCUCCUUUGGGCUCCCAAACUAAGGGAGAAGCUAGGCUAAAGGUUCUUCAGAACCAAAUUGUUACCGAGGUUGCUGAGAAGCUUGGGAAGACCACCGCUCAAGUGGCUCUACGUUGGGGACUUCAGAUGGGUCAUAGUGUUAUACCAAAGAGCUCAAGCGAGGCUCGACUCCAGGAGAAUCUUGAUGUAUUUGACUGGUACAUACCUGAAGAUCUGUUUGCCAAGUUCUCUAACAUUCCACAGGAGAAGUUAGUCCGAGGUGUUGAAUUUGCGCAUGAGACGCUCGGCUUCUAUAAGACCAUUGAUGACCUAUGGGACGGUGAAAUUUAAGAAACUUCAUCUAGACGUGAGGAACCAUCGAAAUAUUCUGUUUAAAUAAUCCUUCAUGUUUGUUCUUCGUUAGAAAACUUGGCACAUUGAUGUGUAGUGUUCUCCUAUUUCGACUUUCGUUAUAAAAAAAAAGAAAAGACUUUCGUUA